CCCUCCCCCCUUGCCCAGGCUAUGGAGCGGCAGGUAGGGGCUGGCGGGCGGCAGCGCUUGAAGAGGCGAGGCGGGGAAGCAGCGGAGGAGCGUGUCGGCGGCAACUCUCCCCGCCUGGCUCCCAGUCUCGGAUGUUCUCCCCUCCGUGCCCUCCCAUGCUGCUUCCUGCCUCAGCGACCCGCGGGCCAUGCGGCUGAGCGCUGAAGCCUUCCUCUUCCUCCUUGGCUGGAGCCCGAGGGGCGGUGCCUCCUCCUCCUCUUCCUCCUCCUGCAGGUGGCCGCGGCGUCGCUGGUGAGGGUGGCAGGCGGCGGCAACCACAGCCCAACACGUUAAAGCAAGCACAUUCUGCCGAGAAGAUGUUGCUGUCACUGGCUCUGCACGCUUACUCCAUGCGCUACGUGCUGCCUGCCGUGGUGAUGAUAGGCACUGCCCCCACCUACAUACUAGCCUGGGGAGCCUGGCGCCUGCUCUCUACCGUGCUCCCCGCCCGCUUCUACCACGAGGUGGAUGACCGGCUGUACACCAUCUACCAGAGCAUGGUGCUCUUCUUCUUCGAGAACUACACCGGCGUGCAGGUAAUUAUCUAUGGUGAUUUGCCAAAAACAAAAGAGAAUGUGGUUUAUAUGUCAAAUCAUAUAUGUACAGUUGACUGGAUUAUAGCAGACAUGUUGGCCAUCAGGCAGAAUGCUCUUGGACAUGUUCGAUAUGUUUUGAAAGACAUAUUAAAAUGGCUUCCUUUGUACGGGUGGUAUUUUUCUCAGCAUGGAGGAGUCUAUGUGAAACGAAGAGCCAAAUUUAAUGAAAAGAACAUGAGGAACAAGCUACAAGCCCAGAUUAAAGCUAAGACUCCAAUGUAUCUUGUGAUUUUUCCAGAGGGAACGCGUUACAGUCCUGUGCGACCGAAAGUCCUCACUGAUAGUCAAGCAUAUGCUACUAAGGAAGGACUUUCAGUGUUAAAACAUGUUCUUACACCACGGGUGAAGGCUAUACAUGUUGCUCUCGAUUCAAUGAAGAACUACUUAGAUGCGGUUUAUGAUGUCACAAUAGCAUAUGAAGGUACUGUGGACCACAAAGGACAGAGGCAACAGGGACCUUCCAUGACAGCAUUUCUUUGUAAGGAUUUCCCAGGAAUCCAUAUUUAUAUUGACCGUAUUGAACUAAAGGAUAUUCCAGAAGAACAGACGCUUAUGAAAAGAUGGCUUCAUGAACGUUUUGAAAUCAAAGAUAAGUUACUAAUAGAAUUCUAUGAGGCAAAAGAUUCUAAAAGAAGAAACAAGUUCCCUGGGAAAAGUGUUCAAUCCAAACUAAGUCUCAAGAAAACUUUGCCAUCCGUACUGUUUUUAAGUGGCCUGACUGUUAGUAUGCUACUGACAGAAUCCGGAAGGCAACUUUACAUAAAAACAUGGAUAUAUGGGACUUUAUUAGGUUGUCUGUGGGUCAGUGUUAAAGCAUAAGUGGAUUCUGAGCCUGCAGUCAGUGACAUCAUUGUUCUGUCUUGCACAUCAUAUCAAACUCUUCCCUGAAUUUAUAAACACAAAUGUAAAUAAAGCCUUAUUAAUGGA